AUGGAACAACCAACUGUUUCAUCAAUUCUAUCAUCAUCUUUUUCGCCAUGUUCUCCUAAUGAAAUAGCUAUACAACCAGGAGAUUGUGUUGAAGGUGGAGUUGAAGAAUGGUUAGAAGAUGAAGCAUUACCAGGAUUUCGAGUUUGGCAACUUGCUGGCAUAAUUCUUUCUAUUUUACUUAGUGUACUCAUUGGGCUUUGUUGUUGCAUUCGAUUUAGGAUACCACGAACUAAACAAGAAAUAGAGGCUGAUUACAUUCGAAAAAAAAUAACAAAGACUUUCAGACAUGAAUUAUCUAAAAUCAGUAAUAGAGAAAUGGAUGACAUGGAUUUGAGAAAAGCAUUAAACAAAAUCCAAAUUAAGUUUGAUAUGGAAACUUAUGAAGUACAGAAGCGUCGUCAAGAAAUAACGCAUAAGAGCGUACAGCACGGAUUACGAUCAAAAUUCAAUGCAAUGUUUAGUACAAUUUAUUUCAUUAAACAAGAAGAUGCUAAUGUUGAGAGUAUAAUUUAA